AUGUGUCCUUAUUCUCUUGUAAAUGUUGAACUGUAUUUGUGUAUUAAGUCCCUCAUUGGAGUAAAAUUUACAUGGAAGGUUGAAAACUUCUCUUGCUUGAACACAACAGAGGUUUACUCUGAGCCUUUUGUUUUAGGUGGCUUUCCAUGGAAGAUUAGUAUGUUUCCAAAGGGUAAUAAAAUUGAUGACUACUUAUCAAUUUAUUCGGAGGUUAUGGAAACUGCCAAUAUGUCUGAGGGAUGGAAUAUAUAUGCAAAAUGUAAGUCAUUUGUAUUCAAUCAGCUCGAUCCCGACAUGACAAUCAUACGAGAUUCCGACAUUGAUGAAUUUAGUGCGAGUCAUCCGGACUGGGGUUGGGAAUCUUUCAUGCCUUUAGUUGAGCUUCAUGAUCCUGAGAAGGGUUUUAUUGUGAAUGAUGUUUGUAUUAUUGGAGUUGAAGUUUUUGUCUCCAAGUCAAGCCAAGUGGAACGAGUAACUCAAACUGCAUCCAUUAUAUUUGAAUGCCCAAAUUUGAAAGCUCUUUCACCACAUACAAUAGAGCCUACUAAACAAGAUGCUGGAGAGUUGGUCUCUGAUGCGUUGGGAAAAAUUUUAUAUUUUCUUAAGACUAAAAAAGUGAAAGAUAUGAAUGAACAUGCUUGUAAGAAGCUUCAAGAUUUAUGGGAUGUACUUGAGAAAUUUAAGUUUGAUGUUAGUUGGUUAGAGCCUUCUUUUCAAUCUGCCAUGGGAAUGAAAAGUUUAGUGGAAAAAGCUACGCAAGUAAAGAAACUCAAGGAUAUUGUGGUGGCUCUGGAGCUGGAAACAGGGAAGAUAAAGGCAAAGUUGGCUGCUGCUGAGAUAAAUCUUGAUGUAGAAAGAGGCUUGUUGAAAGCAAAAGGUUUCAAAGAUAUUGAUUUUGAUUCUAAGUUGGAAUGUGGGAGUUGGAGAGCAUAGAUAUCUAGUUAAAUAAUGUGAGAGUUGUGUUUUUGGAAUCAAUACUUUCUAUUCCACCUGUUUUCUCAAUGAUUAUAGUAUUUC